UCUCUAUGGAUAACUCUCCCUCCUGCCCCUGAGGGCCCAAAACCAACCCGGAAGCACCGUCUCCACGCAGCUGGCUGUAUCACUCUACAAGUUCUUAUCUCUCUGCGGCCUUCCCACCGCCGACGAUGGAAAGGGACGUUGCGGGCGGGCGGGCAGGAAGUGACGUCAGGGAGGACAGCUGGCGCGGGAAUUGAAGCGAGCGACGGCGGUUGGAGGCGGGCGAGGGACGGUGACUUGUCCUUGACAAGUUGCUUUAGGUGUCCAGUGGCCAUGGAGUCCACCGAAGAAGAGGGGAGCGUCAUCCUGAUUGAUGAAAGCGAAUCUGAGAAUUCUGUUUUGUUGGUUGAGGAUUCAGAAGAAUUUCCCUUGCAAGAGGAGAAUACAGAUGAGGAGGUCAUAGUUACUUUCUGCAAGCGAGCAAAAGUGAUGCCCCACGCAAGAUACGACUGCCCGACUUACCCCUUUGAGCGAGUGGAAUGUGAGAAGUCUUUCCCCCUUGGGAGGAACGUAGAGACGUGCAGCCAGUGCCACUGCUACAUUUGCGAUAAGCUUACUGCGGAGUGUAAAAAUUGGGCAACUCCUUCACUUUGCCAUUGCAACGCUCACAACAAAAGUAAAUACUGGAAGGAUCAGUGGAAUUCUGCCCUCACCGGCGGUCUUUCCGCAUUCAACUUGGAGCUCCCAGAAAUAGAUGCAGAUGUCCGAUGUGGGGGAAUGCUCCUGCAGAAAUUCAUGGGUGAUGUUUCUGUGGAGUAUAAUAAAUACCUGUCUGGCGAGAGCAUUUCUUCGGAUUUUCACGAAUGUCUUUGCUAUCAGAAUUUGGCUCCUGGGCAGUGUGGUGAAUGCCGCUGCCACCUUCCGUGUAUUGCGCACAGAUUUUCAAGCUACACUUCUGUUUCCGAUCUUGUAAUGGCCUUUGUAGAUCAGGCUGAAAAGGAGAGACCCAAAGCAGAGGUCUUCAUGCUUUUGGGAGCAGCCAGAGAGAUUGCCCUCCACAAGGACCUCACUCCCUAUUCACGAACCUCUGGUCACUUGGCCUCGCCGAACCAGGCUGUCCCUUGUCUCAUGUCCAGGAUCACUGGACGACUUCAGAGGCUGCUGGUGCUGAAUGACUUCCCAAAAGCUUUGUAUGACAAACUCACCUGCUUUUACCAGUCUAUUCCUCUUCCAGUUCACUGCUACACCUUCGCAGAUAGCCUGAAUUUCUUGCCUUGGGAUCAUGGCUUGUUGACAUCUGUCUUAAAAGGCCAAAACAUCACUGGCAAACGGAAGCAUAAAAGGAAGAAAGAAUGUAUUUGGGAAAUAGUCCCAGUGAUAGAGGCACGAAUUGAAAGGAUGGAAGACUGCAGGCAAUAUAAGGAGCUGGUCCGUUACUUGAAGGUGGUGAAAUGCAGUGAUUCCAAGUGGAUUCAGAAGUGGAGAGACAAGCUCCCCUUCUACAUGUGCAAAAGUGGGGACUUUGCUGGUGCUGCAUACGCCCUGUUUACUUCCUACCCUGGAAACGGCUGCACGGCCCGCCGCCUGUCCCUGCUCCAGUUCAAGGUCUACCUGAAGAUGUUCUGCACAGGGCAGACUCCCUCGGGGAGGGAUCUGGAGGACUCCACACAGUGGCAUCCUGUAGGAGCUCCUCUGAAGCUGCAUUUCCUGCUCAAACAGAUAUUCAGGCUACUCUACAGCAACACCUCAUUGUAUACAGAUCCCAAAUCCUGGAGUUCUGUGAUAAUGGCUUUUGCCAGCCACCCUGCUUUGGGAGCGGAUGGCCGCCUGAUAGCCGCCACCUUGAAAGAACCAUCUCAGGAGUUCCAGGAGAUGGUCCUCGGAGAGUCUUGCGUUAUGGAAGAACUCGCCAGCAACGACCAUGCUAACGUUGCUCUUAAGAAAGUGUUUGGCCUGGGGUCACCCUUGGAAGCAGGCCUCAUUAUUGUGGUCCAGGGAGUUCAGGAAAUGGUUCUGGAGCAAUACCGUACCUUGCAUUCCUUCCUAGAAAUCAUGCUGGCUUUCGGGAAUAACUUGUGGGCUCUGAAGCUGCUGCUGGAGCCUCUGGUUUCUCACAAGGAAGUUCUCCGCAGCGUUGUUUCCUUGCUUCUCGCAGAGCUCUGUUGCCAGAAAGCAGAAAUGCUGGGACAAUUGCAACACUUUGGCCCUCAGUACGUGGGGGAACUGCUGUGCCUCUUCCUAAAGUCCAGGAAUAGAUACAUGCCAUUGAUCGGCACCUCCAUCAUCAAUAUUAUUGUGGAAAACUUGCAUGUGUGUCCGUGGGCAAAGCAAGUUGGCAAGUUCCUUCAAAAAGUGAUGAAGCCAUUUGGCCAGGAAGCUUAUGAUGUUUCCAGCUCCGUAGCCCUUUUGCAGAACUCCCUUCAGGCUGAGGCUCUUGAGGAUUAGUCAGCUUCCCUCACUUGCCUCUAAGCAGUCAUGUUCUGGAUGAUGUACAUCGAUCGCUCCUGCUCCUGACGGGAUUGGUGAGCUGCCUUGCAUUGCGUUGCUCUGGAUGGUUCUCAGAGGAAACAUCCAUAUUGGUGUUUGGUUGGACUUUCCUGUGGGGCUCCCCAGGACGUUGAAGAGGACUGGGAAACCCAUGGCCCUCUUGAAGUUGCUGCACGUAACUGCAGGCAGCUUCCCUUUGGUUGCCUAGAAAGUGACGCCUGCUUGUGGUCACUAAACAGAGAUGGAGAUCCACUCGGUCUGCACACGACAGCACUGUCUUCUCAGAUUAAUCAUCAGACAGACCUUGAGCAAUGGAAGCAGAUUCCAGGGUUAAACCCCCAGUACAUCAGCUCCUAGUCUGUUUCCUCUCUGGCCUCUGUGAGUUUGUAUGUAUAUGUUUGUUAUAAUAAAAUCAUGUUUUGAUUUUGAA